GGUAUUACCUUCUAUCAACUACCUCGCAAAAAUCCCUUUUCAAAUUCAACAAUCAACUGAAUUCGCAGAACAAGUUUUUCACAAGCAAACCCAUACUUCUCAAGACUGCUUAUCAACACAACGUGAAAAUCAACGGAUAUGAAGUACCUCGGUGUCGCAUUUAUCAUAGGCCUCUUAACAUUAUUCUCUCAUGCCAAUCCACUUCCCGAUCUUCUGAGAAUAGCUGGUUCUCAUGCCGGUCAUAAGCCAGCACCAACAAAUACGCCAACACCACAACUCUGCGCCCAAAAACAAUUAGCUUUCGGUGACAAGACCUGCACCUACGUCUAUCAGUUUAGUAGUGACGACAAUGGCGAUAAUGCCAGUGCCAGAUCCUUCAUCAUCGACACCAACUGUGUUAUACUACAAACGGGCGACGCUCCAACCCAAAAGUCUACUUCAAAUUGGAGUUAUCAGUUUAGAACAUGCAAUAUUGUAAAACUGAACGAGGUGAUCAAUCAAAGGUGGGGACCUACAAAUGAAGAGUAUCUCAUGCCUCUCUAUCAAAGUGAUGGGCAAAUGUCAAGAGACGGCCAGCGUGGUCCAUCGGAGAAUGACCACGUUGAUAAGAGAGAGGCAUGUACUCUGAAGUAUAACGAUUUACCCUAUAGUGGGGCAAGGUAUGCAUGGAUUUGUCCAUUUGAAUGCCUCUGUUGAAACUGGAAGGAGAUGAAUUAAGGAGAGAUCGUAUGGAGUUAUUGGGAGAACAUGUCUGUAAUAUUUAGGGCUUGUGUAAAGCACGCAAGAGAUAUAAUGGAAAUUCAGAUCGUUGCUUUAAAAUACUGUGCUACCCUUGUUAGCCAACCUGGGCUCUUAAAAUUAGAAUUCACAAAGAACUUCUUUGGGUAGGAUUGAGUAUAACUAGUUGUUCUACCUUGUAAAGUUCAUUUCUUUGAUCCGUGUUACAGCUCUUAAGGCAUUUCUAAUUCCUUUUGGUAUUUUCUGAGCCA